GUCCGUCUGAGAAUUUCCUCCCCUCCUGCGGUGUCUCCUAUAUCUCCGUCCCCUCCUGCUGGUCGCGAUGAACCUGGAACGAGUUCCCAACGAGGAGAAGCUGCAGCUGUGCCGGAAGUAUUAUCUGGGCGGAUUCGCGUUGCUGCCUUUCCUCUGGUUGGUGAACGUUCUCUGGUUCUUCAAGGAAGCUUUCUUCAAGCCGACCUACACGGAGCAGACUCAGAUACAGAGCUAUGUGAAGCGAUCGGCGUUCGGCCUCUUCGUGUGGCUGGUGAUUCUGACCACCUGGAUCAGCGUCUACCAAACCCAUCGCGCCGGCUGGGGGGCGACCGGCGACUACCUGUCCUUCACAAUCCCGCUCGGCAUCCCCUGAUUGACGAGGGACUGCGACCUGCCACACGGGACCAGCUUCCGUCCACCAGCAUUAAACGGACACUA